CGAGGAUUAAUCCGAGCAAGAAACAAACUAAGAAAUCACAAAACCCAUCGGAAGGUAAAAAGAAGGACUUUUACCCGAUCGAGGAGAGUGAACGAUGGACCUAUCGACACUGGCAAACCAUGCGCAGAGGUUAUCAGCACGACUUUCCGAAAAUCUGGCGGAGCGGACAAAGGAUCUCGGUUUAGAUCCCGAAUACAAUCUCUCCAACCCUUCCAACACUCUCAACAAUAAACUCCCGAUCUUGGCCCAUGCCCAGGGACUCUUGGGAAACUCGCUCCCCUAUUGGGAGAGAUUGAGUGAGCUCACAAGUGUCGAAGGUGAACUGGAGACUAAGAGGUUACUGGGCAGUAAGUCUGAAUCUGAUCGGGUCGAAGGAUUGAAGAGAGUUACAGUUAUCAUGUGCAGGAAUCGUCCAGUGCUUUCGUUUUUCCCAUUCGUCACCAAUUGUCUCCAUCCUUCGACGUCAUCAAUGGCCAAUGGAUCAUACCACUCAACUGUUUCACAUUCCUUCACAAUCAGACAUUUAGUCUCAAUUUACAUCUUACAGCAUUCUCAUCUUUCGCCUGAUCUCGCCCUACUAUCGGUGAAUGCCUGGCAAAAGGAUCUCUCCGAUCCCAGUCCGAUCAUCCGUUCCCUUGCUCUGAAAACUCUUGCUGGGAUGGGUCUCGAAUCCGUAUUACCUCUCGUCGUAGUCACUAUCGACCGAUUAGCUAAUGAUCCAAAUUGGUUUGUCAAACGGACCGUUGCCGAAGCCUUGAUUACAGUCCACCAGAUGGACCCACACACGUAUCGGGACAAGUUAAUCGAAGGACCCGUCAAACGUCUUUUGCAAGAUCGCUCCCCACUCGUUCUCGGCGCUGCCCUGACAGCAUGGGAAGCCAUCUGCCCCGAGAAGUGGGAUCUGCUACACAGGCGAUUCCGGGCAUUUUGUUGGACUCUAGUAGAUGCAGACGAAAACGGACAACACGUGAUCAUGCGUACCUUGACUCGAUAUGUACGGGAACACUUUACCAAUCCAGAGCAGCCCACUGAUUCCAAGACUCCUUUAGAUCUCGACCUUGAAUUGUUUUUGAAUUCUGUCCACACACUCUUCCAAUCUCGUAGCUCUGCAGUCGUCAUCGCUGCCACAAACGUCUUCAUCUUCUUGGCUCCGCUGGAUCGUCUGAAGACUGUUGUUCCAGAUCUCAUGAGAUUGGUAGAAGAAAAAGCAUCCGAACGCGAGGAUGAAUCACUCUUGGUGGUCUUGAAUCAAAUUUAUCAAAUUAUCAAAUUCACAUCCAACAAGCUGAACAAAUCACAUUUGUUCUCGGCACAUCUCAAUAGCUUCGGGAUAUGCUCUACGUCGGACUCUCAAGCAGUUAAAAUAAGUAAACUGAAAAUCUUAAGAACAUUUAUAUCUCUCAAUGAUCGGCCCAUUCAGUUGAGAGUUCUGUCCGAAUUGAAAUUCUGUACCCGAGAUUUUCACGAUGAGUUUGUCAAGCAAGUCAUUCGGACAAUCGGUCGAAUAGUUAUGAUGACUAAUGGUAAAGUACAACAAGAAGCCUUGGAUGUGUUGAUUGAAUUGACAAAAACUGGUCAGAAUAAACAGAGAUGUAAAUCGGUUGAAAUACUACGGGGCAUACUUUCCUCAGAUCUCAAGACUAUCGCCGCCAUGUUGCCCAGUCUUCAAAAAGUCAAGGGAGACCUGAUUUCAUUACUUGUUCAUAACAAGAUCCAGCAGGACAGCGCACGAGCCAAUUUAUAUCGCUUGGUUUCCGACAUUGACUUUCGAUCGGAAGCUCCAAUCAGCCCUAGCUUUAUACAUUUUUACAAAUAUUCAAUUUGGAACUUUGCGAACGAAGGACUUCGAUGUAAAUUCCAGAUCCUGUCCCUGGUAUCCAAAUCGUUGUUGAUGAUCACGAUCCGGAGGCAGGAAGACGACGCAUCGAUGUCGUCAGUCUUGUUUGAUCAGCGUCGGGCGUAUCAGCUGGGGUUUGAUCAUCUCAUGCGGGUAGCACGAUACGAUAGCAACUUCAUCGUCCGAGACCGCGCGCGUUUUUUACAGGGGCUCCUCACAUCCACUCAAGGCUUAACACUUCACGAUGAACCAAAAGGGUUCGGGUUGGUCGAGGUCCAUGAGCACGAUGAGCAUCAUGAGGGAGCGAUCGCUCUGUUAGACGAACACACCGCCUUCACUCGAGGUCAUCAGCUCUCCUCUCUCCAUGAUCCUUCAUCCUGCUCAAUUGAUCAAGAACCGAUGAAAAAAAUCAGCCUCAAUGAGUUGAAGAAAAUCUUGUUGCUUGAUCCCUCACCUGAGCCCGUCAAUCUUGACGACUAUCAAGGGCGAAGUUAUUUUGAAGCAAACUCGUUAUUUCGGAUGGCAGGGUUGAACCCAGGCGAGAGAGGGGAUGGCAACUCGAGCAGUUGGAGGUAUUUGGACUGGAAUACGGUACCUGCUUGGUCCCAGACCGCGCUGGAUCCGAGGUUGAGAGAGCCCGAGGAUGGGCAAGAGAAAACCCAAAACUCAUCGGCUCAGCUCUCCUCAGCCUUCCACCAAGAUCCAUCGAAUCCAUCUCGAACUUCGACUACCGAUGGCAAGAGGAUGAUCGACCGAUCGAAGCUGAAGGAGAAGGUGGUCUUGAUCCCUACAGGCUCUGACGAUGACCUCAUCUCUACUAAUACAAGACCUUCGGGGACCGGUGGGAGUGGACAUAGAAAUCUUGAAGAUUUCUUGCAAAGUAGCGGGGACGAAGAUGAUGGAUUGCAGGACGAAGACGAGGAUGAAUCAGAGGAUGAAUCAGAGGAUGAGGAUGAGGAUGAGGAUGAGGAUGAAAGUGAAAGUGAAAAUGACGACACACAUAAUCACAUUAAUGGCCCCUAAUAGUGAAAAUGCACAAGACACAACAGCGAAACUUGUAUUUUUUGUCAUGUAUUUGGCUUUAUUUAUGAUACUUCACCAUUCUACGUAAACAUUAAUAUUAACAUUGUUGUUCACAUGAAUUUCUUCAAAGUGCUUGUUUCACCGUGAUAUCCAUUGCUUUUCUAGCUCGACAUCCUCAAGUCCCCUAACAAAUGCAGCAUGUCUUCUCGGUGGUUUCCUAGCUCAAUCAAGUUGGAUGGUGGUCCCAAAACAAGAAUGGUGUGAAAGGAGCAAUGGUGGGCCAGUUACACUAACCCUCGUAGUGGAAUUCCACCACAUCUUGCACUAACACUACGC